GUGGCUAUCAUGUCAGUUACUAUAGCACCAAUUAGAUUGUUAUUAGUUGGAAUAAGUUUACUGCUAGCAUGGCCUCUAGCUGCCAUUGCUAUUGGAUUCCGUUCAGAAGAGGAGAAAGCUAAACCAAUGACAGGAUGGAGGAACCUCUUUCGACCAUUAGUGGUUUUCUUCUGUCGUAUGGUGUUCUUCGUGGCAGGCUUCCAGUGGAUAACAGUUCGAGGCAAGAGAGUCAGCUCCAAAGAAGCUCCCAUUAUGGCAUUGGGUCCACAUUCUUCCUAUUUUGAUGCUUUACCUGUAGUUUAUCAUAAUCUUGAUACUGUUGUUGCCAAAGCUGAUUCUGGUAACAUACCUUUUUUUGGAACUUUAAUGCAGUUCACUCAACCAGUAUAUGUUAAAAGGGAAGACCCUGAUUCACGUGUGAACACUAUUAAAGAAAUAUCUCGACGUGCCCAAUCUAAAGGAGAGUGGCCUCAGGUGAUUAUUUUUCCUGAGGGUACUUGUACUAAUAGAUCUUGCCUAAUAACCUUUAAACCAGGUGCAUUUUAUCCAGGUCAACCAAUUCAACCAGUGUGCAUAAGAUAUCCUAAUAAAUUUGACACUAUUACAUGGACAUGGGAGGGACCAAAGGCAUUUACUUUGUUAUGGUUAACAUUAUGUCAGUUUCAUAAUUAUGUUGAAAUUGAGUAUUUGCCAGUUUAUUAUCCAUCAGAAGCUGAGAAAUCAGAUGCUAGACUGUAUGCUAAUAAUGUGAGAAAUGUCAUGGCGAAAUGUCUAAAAAUUCCUAUAACAGACCACACCUAUGAUGAUUGCAGAUUAAUGAUGAAAGCAGCAAGAUUAAAUCUGCCUAUGGCGACUGGCUUGAUAGAAUUUCAAAAGUUGAAUAAAAAAUUAGGGUUAAGUUUAGAAGAGAUGCAAUUACAGUUAGAUAAGUUCCGUUCUAUAACCACUAGUAAAUCUGGGUGUAUUACUAUUGAAGAAUUUGCUACCUAUUUACAUCUUCCAGUUUCUCCUGCCUUACAAGACAUCUUUGAUAUUUAUGAUAGGAAUAAGUCAGGUACAAUAGAUUUUCGAGAAUAUAUCAUUGGUUUAUCAUUAGUUUCUGGUCCAGUCAAUACAGAAAACACUCUUAGAUUAGCUUUUCAGUUGUUUGAUAGUGAGAAUAAUGGUUAUAUUACACAAGAUGGAUUUUUAAUCAUUUUGCAUAAUGCAUUUAAAAUGGAUGCCGAUGAAGUAGAAACAUUGUUUUUACAUGUUGAUAAAGAUAAAGAUGGAAAAGUUACGUUUGAUGAAUUUCAACAAUGUGCAUUGGAGAAACCAGAAUAUGCUAAAUUAUUUAUAACUUAUCAAAACAUUCAAAAUGAAAAUGGGCAUGCAGAACAUCUUACUCAGGAAGAAAUACAAAAGGCAAAACUAGAUUAA